CCCCUAUGCCUGAGGGCAGGGCUGGGAUCGUGGGCAGCCUUGCCAAGUUGCAGACUGAGCCCCUACGUCAGGGCCUGCAGGAAGGAGGGGGUGGUCCCCGCCCAUCGGGCUCCAGAUAAAAACAAGGGGCUCCCGCUCCCCUCAUCUGCUCCUCUCUCUGCCUCCACCAUGGCCAGGUCUGUGAUGCUGGCAGCCACUGCCCUGGCACUAUGCCUGCUGCAGGCUGUGCCCAGCCUUGCCUGGUACAAACCGGCAGUGGGCCGUGGCCACUAUUCGGUGGGCCGUGCUGCGGGGCUGCUGUCUGGCCUGCGGAGGGUUCCUUUGGCCCAGCGCUCUGAGAUCCCCCUUGGGACCCCAGGCCCCAAAAGCCUUACAGUGUGUGUCCAGGACGUGACGCCAAACCUACGAAGCUGCUCGAGGCUGCGGGAGGACAGCACCACCUUCCAGUGCAAAGCUGAAGUGUUCCUGUCACUGCGUGCCCCGGGCCAGAGUGGUUGCCCGGGGCCCUGAACUGCACCCGGAACCCUGACCAACCUGGCUCACCCUCAUCAUCUCCCCCCUGCCUCUUGCAGUGCUCCAAUAAAUGCUCAAACCUCCAA